UAAGCCCCCUCAUCCGCACCCAUAGGGUGGGAUCCACCGCUCCAUGUUGAGUAGAGUGUAAGUGCUUGCACUUACAAGGUUGGGAGGGGGCUUCUUACCCGUACAUCCCCUUCUUUAAAUGCGCUGCUUCCUCCCUCACCGCCACCAGAUCCACUUCACCAGGCGGAGGCGGAGGACUAGCGCGGCCAUGGAGUCCAACAAGGGCGGACUCAAGGGAUUCUGGAAGCGGCGCGGCUACAACCGGGUCGACGGAGGCGGUGCUUCCCGCCGCCGUCGCCUCGCCAUCGCGGUGCUCGGCGGAGGGAGAGAAGGAGACUCCAAUCGUAGCAGCUGCCGCCGCCGCCGCUUCUGGCGGAUCAAGAUCUCCCCUCGUCUCGUCUUGCUGCGCCUCCGCCGGGCGGCCUCCCCCCGCCGCAUCCUCGCGCGGAUCCGCGACGCCUACGUGCAGAUGAUGUUCGCGCUCUCGCGCGCAGUCCCCGCCGGCGUCUCCUACGGCGGGGAUGCGUGGGGGAUGGGCUUCGGGGUACCGAUGGUGAAGGAGUACGAUGAGAAGGUGCUCGUCGAGUUCUACAAGUCGCUCAUCGCCAGCUCGGCGCCCACCGCCGCUACUGCCCUCGCGAUCCACCGGUAGGCGGCCGCCGCCCUCUUCCUCCGCCGACUUCCACGGUUCGCUCUCUUUAACGACUAAUUUCGGAUUCGAUUCCGUUGUUGUCGUCUUGUUCUUCAUAAAAAAUUGACAAACAUUUCACUUCACCACGCAUAGUUUAAUAAAUAUCAAUUUUACGCCCUUAA